UCUCUCUCUCAGAAGGAAGGAAAAGGUAGAGAGUUCCCCCGCAUUGUCUCAGAUUCAUCAGCCAGUAGUGACGAUGUCGCACUUGGUGGACCCUACGUGGCGCCUCCUGGCGGCGAGCGGGGGAGAUACGGUUAAGCUAUUCGACGUAUCCGCCGAUUCCGGUGAUCCCUGCGUCUUGAGCUACACUCCGACGCCUGGCUCUGCUGUGAGCUCCGUCAAGUGGAAUCACACGAAUUUAGUGGUGGCGAGUGCUGGAGAUGAUAAGAAGAUAUCUCUGUGGUGGAUUAAUGGGAGUAGUCUAGGAACGGUUCCUGUUGCUGGGAAGGACGGUGGUGAUAGUGCCGAGGAAUGUUUGUCGGCUAUUAGCUUCGGCAGAAAAGGGUCAAAGUUCAUAGCUUCUGGUGGAACUGGUCAAAUUGUUAAGAUAUGGGAUCUGCAAAAAAAGCUUUGUGUCAAGAAGCUGAGGGGUCAUACAAGUACAAUAACUGGCGUGAUGUACAAUUGCAAAGAUGAGCAUUUGGCGUCUGUUAGUGUUGGUGGGGAUCUGAUAGUUCACAACCUUAAAACUGGAGCAAGGGCUAGCGAACUCAAAGAUCCACAUGGGCAGGUAUUGAGGGUGCUUGACUAUUCAAGGUCCAGUCGUCACCUUCUACUUACUGCGGGUGAUGAUGGCACUGUGCAUCUGUGGGACACGACUGGGCGUAAUCCAAAGAUGUCAUGGAAGCAGCAUUCUGCACCAGCUGCGGGUGUUUGCUUCUCUCCAUCAGACGAAAAGAAAAUUGCUAGUGUGGGGAUGGACAAAAAGCUUUACACGUAUGACUCUGGAUCCAAAAGAUUUUCGUCCUGCAUUUCUUAUGAGGCGCCUUUCUCAUCUUUGGCAUUUGGGGAUAAUGGUCACAUUCUGGCAGCUGGAACCGGUAAUGGUAGAGUAGUGUUUUACGACGUUCGUAAGACACCACAGCCUGUCACUGUCCUGCACGCUUUCAGUAGUUCAGAGGCUGUAACAAGUUUAACAUGGCAAACAUCAAAACCAGUUAUUGUGAAUGAGAAAAACUACGACGGUGAGAUGGCUCUUCUUGGUGGUACAGUGGACGAUUCAGUUAUCAUUCCUGAUCCAGUUCCGUCGACGACACCCUCAGAUUCACAGCCGGCAGGUUCUCGUGGAACUGCCACGAGUACGUCGAACGUGCCUUCGGCAGAACAAACACCAAACAGAACACUAUGGCCUGGUGCGCCACCGGGAAGACUACAUGCACUUCGUGCCAUUGACAGUUUCAAUGAUGAUAUGCGUGUAUUUUCCCCUAUCGUUGAUGUUUCAUCUGCUGAGAAGUGGGCUGAUAGCGAAGGAUUCAACAAUAAGGAUCAUUUGAUCGAUAACAAAAAGCCAUUUGCUUCAUCUAGCAAGGGAUUUCCAUACGGAGAUGGAAACAAGGAACAUACAAAAGCUGCUUUUUCACCAUUCGGAACUACUACGCCAACAGCAUCAACCAAAAGUGAAGACUCUUCUUCUUCUGCCUUGACACCUCCAGAAUCAUGGGGCGGUGAUAGAUUAUCUGACAAGUUCAACCAACUGGCCAAUGAGAAAAUCUCCGAUAAGUUUCCUUCACGUCUCGGGGUUUCAAGCACAAGUGGUGGUAGCACAUCUGGAUCAAUGUUUCCCUUGUCGUCGCUUGGUCAGACAAACCUCGCAGCAAACGUUAGCUCAGAGUUCCCACGGAUCAGAGACUUCUCUUCAGCUUCCGAAACAGACAAGAACUUACCUUCAAGCCCCUUGUUUGCAAAAGGCAUCUCAGCUCCGGGUAACAUCGAUUCAUUGAGGCUAUCACCAAGUUUACCUCGUAGGACAUAUGCUGAGAGAAUCAGCAGCUCUCUCUCUACGGGUUCACCCAAGAUAAAGAAAACAGGAGCAGAAACGAGAGAGGAAACCUUUAGUAACCUGAUGCCGAGACCUGAGUUGGGAACUGCAUCAGAAGCUCUUCCGAUUAUGAAUCAGGGAGGAAACAUGAAGCAAUCCCAAAAUGAUGUGGGUGGCAGCAAUUUCACACUUCAGCUAUUUCAAAGGACACUUGAAGGAACUCUGGAUUCAUUCCAAAACUCCGUUCAUGACGACAUGAGAAACCUGCACAUCGAGAUCCUCAGACAGUUCCACAUGCACGAGAUGGAGAUGUCGAAGGUAUUAAGCUCGGUUCUAGAGAACCAGGCGGAGAUAAUGAAGGAGUUACAAUUGUUGCGUAAAGAGAACCAACAGCUCCGGCAAAGGCUUUAGAGGAGAGACCGUUAUGAGUGAGUUUGUUCGGUUUUGAAGUUAACAAAUUCGAAUUUGAUAUAAUAUAUGAAUGGUGCUGGAAAACAAAGGUCGUCAUUUCAGUAUGUUUUAUCUUUAUAUUCUAUUAAGCACACUUUUAUUCAAAGAAAAUAACAAACAAGAUGACACAGAAUAUAGUUUUCCAAUUGGUUUA